AUGGGCGGAGUUAAUAAUAUAAUAAAGUCGAGGACGUGCGACGAGAAGCAGAGCAACUUCGAGAAACACAGCAUACAGGAAGUGUCAACGGACCAGAUAGAACAUGAGAUGGAGGUGAUAGACGCGCAUGACAAGUUAAGCUCAUACUGCACGGACGAGAAACAGUACAAUAUGAAGAAGAAGCGGUUAUUACAAGACGAUGCGAUUGCUAGUGUAAAUUUGAUUACGAACUCCUUGCCAAGAUCUCAAAUUGCUUCUCAUGAGGUGGGCGAUGAGGAGGAGGACGACGAAGAAGAAGCUCACUACGAGGACAAGCACGUCAAAAGAGCCUUGAAACAAAGGCACAUAGGUAUGAUUGCGCUUGGUGGAACAAUCGGUACCGGUCUUUUCGUCGGUAUCUCCACGCCCUUGAGUAAAGCGGGCCCCGUCGGAUCGCUAAUAUCGUAUAUAUUCAUGGGUACAGUGGUCUACUUCAUCACUCAGUCGCUUGGUGAAAUGGCCACAUUCAUCCCCGUGACGUCCUCUAUCACUGUCUUCUCAAAAAGGUUUUUAUCGCCUGCAUUUGGAGUUGCCAACGGUUACAUGUAUUGGUUCAAUUGGGCCAUCACUUACGCUGUGGAAGUUUCCGUCAUAGGCCAAGUUAUCCAAUACUGGACUGACAAAGUCCCUUUGGCGGUUUGGAUUGCGAUAUUUUGGGUCCUUAUUACUCUAAUGAACUUCUUUCCUGUCAAAGUGUACGGCGAAUUUGAAUUCUGGGUGGCAUCGGUCAAAGUCUUGGCCAUUAUGGGCUACUUGAUCUACGCGCUGGUUAUUGUCUGUGGUGGGUCCCAUCAGGGACCUAUCGGCUUCAGGUACUGGAGGAAUCCUGGCGCUUGGGGGCCAGGCAUCAUCUCCAGUGACAAAAACGAAGGCCGGUUCCUCGGUUGGGUUUCCUCUUUGAUCAACGCCGCCUUUACGUACCAAGGUACUGAACUGGUCGGAAUCACAGCUGGUGAAGCGGCUAACCCGAGAAAGACAGUCCCAAGGGCCAUCAACAAAGUCGUCUUUAGAAUCGUACUAUUUUAUAUCAUGUCUUUGUUCUUUAUUGGUCUGUUGGUGCCAUACAAUGAACCCCGGUUAUCCGCUAGCUCUGCCGUCAUUGCCUCAUCACCCUUUGUCAUUUCCAUCCAAAAUGCAGGCACUUAUGCUCUUCCGGACAUUUUCAACGCUGUGGUUUUGAUUACUGUUAUUUCUGCCGCUAACUCCAACGUUUACGUUGGUUCUCGUGUGUUGUACUCUUUGGCCCAAACAGGUAAUGCUCCAAAGCAAUUUGGAUACGUCACCAAACAGGGCGUUCCAUACUUGGGUGUUCUAUCCACUGCGGCAUUGGGUCUUUUGGCAUUCUUGGUUGUCAAUAACAAUGCUAACACCGCAUUCAACUGGUUGAUCAACAUUUCCACUUUAGCUGGGUUGUGUGCUUGGUUGUUCAUUUCUUUGGCACACAUCAGGUUCAUGCAAGCUCUUGAACAACGUGGUAUCUCUCGUGACGAUUUGCCUUUCAAGGCUAAAUUAAUGCCUUAUGGUGCCUACUAUGCUGCAUUUUUCGUCACCGUCAUCAUUUUUAUCCAAGGGUUUCAAGCAUUCUGCCCAUUUAAAGUCUCCGACUUUUUCACUUCUUAUAUCUCUUUAAUUCUUUUGGCCGUCGUGUUUACCGGCUGCCAGUUAUACUACAAAUGUAGGUUUAUCUGGAAACUGGAAGACAUUGAUAUUGACACUGACAGAAGAGAAAUUGAAGCUAUUAUUUGGGAAGACGACGAGCCAAAGAAUUUGUGGGAGAAAUUCUGGGCGGCCGUGGCAUAG